UCAACUCUUAGUGAACACUUUAAAUAAUUCAGUAAAUGAACGUCUUUGCAGAAGCAAGAAGCAGAGCAACUGACUCAACAGAAGCAUCAAACCACCAUGGCAUUCCGCUCUCCUGGAGUGGAAACCUUCCAAUCAUGGGACUACGUGGUGUUUGCCUGUCUGUUCGUGGUCUCCUCUGGAAUAGGGGUCUUCUUCGCCGUGAAAGAGAGAAACAUGGCCUCUUCUAGAGAGUUCCUGGUGGGGGGGCGACAGAUGACUUGUGGCCCCGUGGCUCUGUCCCUCACGGCCAGCUUCAUGUCUGCCGUCACUGUCCUCGGAGCCCCCUCUGAUGUCUACCGCUUCGGGGCUUCCUUCAUACUCUUUGGCGUGGCUUAUACCUUGGUGGUGCUCGCAACAGCAGAACUUUUUGUGCCUGUGUUUUAUAGAUCAGGGAUCACGAGUACUUACGAGUAUUUGGAGAUGCGGUUUUGCAGGGGGGUUCGUCUGGCAGCAACUCUCAUUUACAUUUUGCAGACGAUAUUAUACACUGGAGUUGUGGUGUACGCUCCUGCGCUUGCCCUGAAUCAAGUGACUGGCUUCAAUCUUUGGGGUUCUAUAUUUGCCACUGGCAUCGUGUGUACAUUCUACUGCACCUUGGGAGGCCUGAAGGCUGUUGUGUGGACAGAUGCCUUUCAGAUGGUGGUGAUGGUGGUGGGUUUCCUGACUGUGCUGAUCCAGGGGGUGCUGAAGGCAGGAGGGCUUGGGUCUAUAUGGGAGGCAGCGCAGAAAAGCAACAGGCUCUCUGUGUUUGACUUUGACCCUGACCCUCUGAGACGUCACACAUUUUGGACCAUCACCAUUGGAGGGACAUUUACUUGGCUUGGCAUCUACGGAGUUAACCAGUCUACUAUACAGAGGUGUAUUUCCUGCAAGACUGAAACCCACGCCCGACUAGCUUUGUACCUCAACCUCCUGGGUCUGCUGAUCAUCCUGGUGUGUGCUGUGCUGUCUGGCCUCAUCAUGUAUGCCUUCUACGCUGACUGUGAUCCAUGGACAGCCGGCUUCGUUGCCGCCCCCGACCAGCUCAUGCCGUACUUUGUCAUGGAUAUUUUGGGGGAACUCCCUGGCCUUCCCGGACUUUUUGUGGCCUGCGCUUUCAGCGGAACUCUAAGCACUGUGGCGGCCAGCAUCAACGCUCUGGCAACAGUGACCUAUGAGGACUUUGUGAAGCAGAGCUGUACAAACCUCUCCAAUUCAGCCAGUGCCUGGAUCAGCAAAGGAUUGUGUAUUGUGUUUGGUGUGGUCUGCACUUCCAUGGCUGUUGCUGCCUCCUAUAUGGGAGGAAUUGUGCAGGCUGCCCUGAGUAUUCAUGGAAUGUGCGGAGGCCCAAUGCUUGGCCUUUUCUUUCUGGGAAUACUCUUUCCUUGGACCAGUUCAAAGGGUGCUGCUGGAGGGUUGAUGGUGGGCAUUGCCCUCUCGUUCUGGGCUGGCGUUGGGGGGUUUCUUUACCCAGCCCACAGCAACAACACCAGGCCUCUGGACCUCAGCACAGCAGCAUGCCAGCAAGCCAAUGUUUCAGUCAUGGAUGUCACUCCAACUCCACUCUCACUGGACUCCAAUCCUCUCUCACCCAGGUCACCCUUGGCUGAUUCCUGGUACUCCAUGUCCUAUUUGUACUACAGCGCAGUGGGAUUUAUAGCCACUGUUACAGCAGGCCUGAUGAUUACCUUCCUUAUAGGAUCCAGCAGGGGAAAAUAUGUGAAACCUCUCUUAAUACGGCCAGUGUGCAAUCUUUGCUGCUUCUGGUCUGAUAAGUACAAGAAAAUGUGCUGGUGCGGUGUCAACCAUGACGAGGAUAAACAGGUUUUGGAAAUCCCAGACGUGACGUGGGAGGGAUACUGUGAGCGUGAGGAAAAAGGCAAAAAAGCGUUUAAAAGAAAAAAGCCAGCAACAAACAAUUACGACCUUACGGAAAAAUCAAACCCCAACGCUGGGUUCACUGAAGACUCUCAGCCUUUCUAAAUGCAAUAUCAUCUAUGGGUCUCAAAUGCUGUAUUUGGAGUGUAUCACGUGGUUUAUGAGCAUAACAGGUAGAGGUGACCUGUUCUUUCUAUUAUUAUUAAAUUAUUAUUAUUAUUAUUAAAAAGAACAGCCAGAGUAUUUGGUUUAAAAGAUACAAUCCAUAAUUUAUUACAGAAAAGAGUGAUAUCCAAAUUAUUUUAUUAUGUUACAUCUUUUUUUUUUUUUUUAUGUUAUUACAUGUAAACAGGGAUGAAGUAAACAAUGUCCAGUAAUUGGUACACAACCAAAGACAUCCUAACAUAAAGUCCAUGGUCUACUGGGCUUCCUGUCAUGUUAACAGUAUGCAGUAUGGAAUGAUAUCCACGUCUUUAGUGUCUGACUUCUCAUAAUGGGCAAGGUCAUCACUGUUCUACUGAAUACAAUAUUCUACCCUCACCUACAGUUUCCAUAGCCAGCUCUUGCUCUGUUGUACUUAAUCACCUACAUGUGAUGUUUAAUCAAUUGUUUUAUAUCUCAUAAGAGUGACAGAGACAAUAAUUCAUGUUACGUCACCUCUAGUAUUUAAUCUGAAUCAUUCUUCAAUAUCUAUAGUCAAUCUGAUACAAAAUCAAAGAUUUACAGCUGCCAAUUUUUUUUAAAUAAGUAGCUUCUCCCACCGACAAAGCCAGAGGUGUCAAACUGUUUUUGUGCUGAAAGUGACUCCAAAAACCAAAUAAAGCUGUUAUCAAGAUUUUAGGCUUUUACAUAAUUCCCCACAAGGAUUUUGCAGUGUUCCAAAAGCAAUGCCAAACCCACUAUCUGUAAAACACUUAGACAUAAAACAAAAUGCUUCUCUUAAAUAUCAGUAUUUGAAACUUGAACAUACACUAGGACAUGGAGGAUUUUUUCCAACCAUCCAUUAAUUAAACAUUGUUCAUAUUCAUCACUGAAACAAGUCAUUUGAACCGAUUGAAGACACAUUUUGUUAACCUCACAGAGUUGAGCUCUGUGUAAGCCAUGCAGGCUCAAGUUAAAAAGUAUUCUAAUGAAUUGAUGCAUCCACAUCGGACACUAUUCAAGUUAUACAGAGCAACCAUGGUUGACAACAUGCAUAGAUCGCCAAUAAUCACAUCACAAGAAGGAUGAUUUAAAAUAAUUCUAAACAUUCCUCAGCCCAUAGUAUAUGUAUAAACUGGAUUAGCAAUUGAAAUGUGUAAAGAUGGGUCUCCAAACCGGUUCCUGUAGAGCUACAUUCCUGUACGUUUUAGCUCCCGUUUUAACCGACUUUGUUCAAAACACCAGUUAUUGGAAUAAACCACACUACCAAAUACUAGAAUCAGGUGGUUUGGAGUAAAACGUACAGUAAGGUAUCUUUCCAGGGUUAGAUACAAGGAUUGUUUUGUACUGUUUAUUAACAAUAGGUAUGUAGUAUGUACUAUUUCUCAUAUUUUAAUUUAAUUUACGUUCCUUAUUGCAGCUUUAGGCAAAUGAUUGGUUUCUUUAUGCUAUUCGUAAAAGCUUUAGAACAAUCUGUUCUUAAAAGUUGUCAUGUUCAAUGAAAAAAAAAAAUAUGUAGUUUACAAUAUCAGCCAUAAUCUCUUAUUCUAUGAGCAUCAUACCAUCAACUUUGAGAUAGUUUGUUUUGAGGCAAUGCAAGAAAACAAAUCAUGCUUCUAAAGUGUCUUAGUCUUAAUUAGUCUUAAUUUUCAGACUAAUGUGAUGAUUUUUAGUCAUGCAAAUGCAAAAAUAUAUAUACCGUUUACUGUAUAUAUCUUAAAAAGCAGAAUACUUUUUGAUUGCAUCUACUAAAUGAUUUAAAACAAGAUCACCUGCAAACAUUCAGAGGACACCUGAG